AUGAAAGACACAAGAUCACUAUGGGCUGAAGAACAAAUUGAAGAUGUCUAUAAGCUUCUAGUAAAAUUCUGUGGUUUUAGCUUCUUUUUAUCAACUGUUCUAAAAGCUGUUUCGAGCCUAUUUUCCCCAAAGGAGUUUUUUCUGACAGUUGCAAUCCCUCAAACAUUAAUGCAUAUGAUAGUUUACUAUAUCAUCAAGCUCACACAAGAUAAGCCCACUAUAUUGAAGGUUAUGGUUUCAUUUUUUGUUGCAGAGUACUUCAACGCAUUUUUGCUCUAUCAUUCAAAAAUUGAUCAAAUGCCUCAGGCUGGAAUUUUUGAGCUGACUGCUACCUUAGUUUGCUUCUUUUUUGAGUUUUUUAUCAUAAAGAAUAAAUGAGUUCUCAAUUUUUUGGUUUUAAAGCAGCUUUAUCUGUGGCAUUUUCACGGCGUGAUUUUUGGCGAUAAUGGACCUGCAGGCUUAGUUGAAUUCAUACCAUAUGCCUCAAUCUGGCUAAUAAUGGGACUUGUCAAUGUAGGUUAUCAUCAUUUAACAAAAAUAUCAUAUGAGCACUUUGUAUACAUGAAAGGAAAGAAAAUGUCAAAUUUAAGCGAGUCUAAUAAUCUUAUUGAAGACAUUUGCUAUUUAAUUGAACACCCUCAGGGUCAAGAUGUUACUCUUGGAAUCUCACUGAGUGGAAAUGUAAACUUGGAAUGAAAAGCAACGCUUAUUGAAUGGGAAAAGAAGCUGGCGCUUUUUGUUUUGAUUAGAGAUGCAAGCCAAAUAAUAGAGCUUGAAAGGAACCUAGCAAAUGAUAAAAUGAAGACUCUUUUAUUGAGAACUGUUUCUCAUGAACUGAGAACUCCAAUGAAUUCCAUUAUCCAUUUUACCGAUGACAUACUUGGCAGCCAAGAACACUUGGAAAGUGAAGCAAGGCAUAAGCUGAAAAUUAUAUCAGUUUCUGCAAAAAUGAUGAUUUCAAUGAUAAAUGAUUUAUUAGAUUACUCUAAAAUCAUCGCUGGCUUUUUUGCUUUACACAAGUCUUACUGUAACAUUCGAGAAAUCAUAGAAAAUGCUCUCGAUUUGAUACAAACCCAGGCCUCAAAAAAAAACUUAUCAGUUUGUUAUAGAAUUGAUCCAGAGCUCCCGGAAUUGGUUUUUACUGAUCCCUUAAGAUUUAGCCAAAUAAUAUUGAACUUAUUGAACAACUCUUUGAAAUUCACAAUUACUGGAAAAAUCGAGAUUUGCCUUAUAAAAUCCUCAGAAAACAGAUUAAAAUGCUAUGUAGAAGACACAGGGAUUGGCAUGAAUGAUACAGUGAUUCAAAUGCUGACAACCAAUUUCAAAUCUUUUGAUAUACCUCAUCUUAACUGUCCAGGCUGCAGCCUUGGUAUGUGUAUUUCAAAUUUAUUAGUAAAGCAGCUUGGAGGUGAAUCAUUUCAAUUUAAAUCGAUAUUAGGCAAAGGCACUGCAGUUUGAUUCUUAAUAGAUCUUCUUGACCAUCCUUCUCGAAGUGAGCGAUAUGAGUCAAUUCAAAGCGAAAUAAGCGGAAGCCAUUUUGAAUGGUGCCAUCCUUCUGCACUUUAUAUAAAGCAUCCUUCUCCAAGUGUGCUGAUUGUUGAUGAUAUGGAAUUUGAUUUAGAAAUACUUGCCUCUAUAAUGAAAAAACAUGGAAUCAGCUAUGCUGAAGCUCAGAAUGGAGAAACUGCUAUUGAUUUAGUUAAAUCUAGCGAUAGUAGGAAGCAACCGUUUAAAGUAAUUUUAAUGGAUUGUGAAAUGCCUGGAAUCAGUGGAUGGGAUGCGACAAGGAAAAUUAAUAAGCUUUUCAUGGAAGGAGAAAUUGAAAGCUUGCCAUAUAUAAUUGGAUACUCUGCUUAUAGCUCUGAUGAGGACAUAAAAAAAGGGAUCAACUGUGGAAUGACAGAUUUUUUAACUAAGCCAAGCACUCCUGAAAAAAUAAUGUUUACAAUUUUGAGGUAUUUAUCAUAA